UAGCCGAAGUUUGUGAUGAAGAAAUAGCAUAAAAAAUUUUAUCCACCCAAAAAGACUGCAUGCUCAAGUUUAAUUGCAAUUUCUCAGCAUAUCUCCGUGUAAUUUGCAUGAAAAUCAGUGAAUUUGUGUUUGAGGCAAUUCGGAGAGAUGACAUCGAAGUUUAGCGAUGUUGAUGAAUAUGGAUUUCAGAGGCCACCGGAAUUCGAUUAUGCCAAUUAUGAAGCAAUUAUGUCGGAGUACUUGAAGGUUCUUGCGCGGCGACAGAUGCAAUGGGAGAAGCUAAUGCGACGGCAUGAUCCUGCUGUCAUGAAUCGAGCACUGAAGAGAUACAUCCGGAAAGGUGUUCCAGCACACUUGCGAGGGAUUGUGUGGAUGAAGACUUCCGGAGCUUCAGUGGCUAAAGCCUCAACGCCUGAUCUCUAUCGGAGCCUCCUUCGGCAGAAGCACGAUGAAGACAUUGUGGACAUCAUAAAGAUUGACCUGCCUCGUACCUUUCCCAAUAACAUCUUCUUCCCGGACAUCCAGAAUCAGCUGUUCAACAUCCUCGUGGCGUAUGCGCAUCACAACAAGGAUGUCGGCUACUGCCAGGGACUCAACUACAUCGCUGGGCUCCUGUUGAUUGUCACAAAAGACGAGGAGAGCACUUUCUGGCUCCUUCGACACAUUGUGGAGUCAAUCGCACCGAAUUAUCACACCAAAUCCAUGAGUGGCCUUAUCGUUGACAUUGCUGUCCUCAAUGAACUGCUCCGUGUCCGUGUACCUGAUGUCCAUGCACACAUCAAAGUGAUUGGUCUUCCGUGGGCUGUGAUUGUCACCAAGUGGUUUAUCUGCCUCUUCGCCGAAGUGCUUCCGAUUGAGACUGUUCUCCGCAUUUGGGAUUGCCUCUUCUCAGAGGGCUACAAGAUUUUAUUUCGUGUCAGCUUAACAUUAGUAUUGCGCCAUCGAGACACCCUCAUGGCAACUGAAGACAUUUCGCAGCUGGCAAAUGUGUUCAGAGAAAUGCUUCAGAGUACGUUGGUAACGAAUUGUCAUGAAUUUAUGAGCAGCAUUUUCACCAUUCCGGGCAACAUAAGGCGUCGUGAUAUCGAAUCUCUACGGAGUCAGGUUGUUCAGAAUGAUAUCCAAAGUGUCAUAUGUUAGUGUGCGGGGACGUUAUCAGUAAAUAACAUGCGGACACGGCAAUGUGGGAAAUUUGAUUUGAGGGUCACCAACAGGUGCAGCAAAUAGCGCACGCCUCUUGUUUGUGAGACAUGCAAUUCAACUUUACCAAAGAACUUUUUUUUUUUGUCAAUACAAUGAGCGAAGAAUCAACCGACGACGCAACUAUUCAACCCAAUAAAGUCUCAGUGGUGUUAUUUUAUUCAGUAGGACACAUGUUCCGCGUCAAGUCCCUUGACAAUAUUCACGUGCGCCCUAUGAACCUUCAGCAACACUGAAUUUCAUGAGAAUGAUAAACUAAACAGACAACAUAAUUUCCCCUAUUUAUGUACUAAAUACUGACCUCAAUGGUUGAUGUGAAUUUUUCUACAUUGGCAUCACAUAGCAAUCAUUUGGCUAUUUCGGCUGAAAAUUAAUUUCUGUGUAAAAUAUUAUGUUAAGGUGAUUUGCAAAGAAUUUAAAAUAAAUCAUUUUACGUGUUAAGCUAUAAAAAGUUCAGCAACUAAUCCUUUUUAUCAGUCAGUAUUAACUUUUGACCAUCUUCUAUGUAUAUUUUGUAUCAUUGAUCAGCUAUUUUUGCAAUACUUCAAACAGGGGCGUAGUCAGAUAUCUAUUUUGGGGUGUUUUUUUUGUUCGGGAUUUUUUUUUUUAAUUUAAAGGACACUCAAAAUGAAUGGAAAAGAACAACUUGUGAGGCAAGGUUUCGCAGGAAUGUUAAGCAAAGUCAUAAAAAUGAGAUUUGCUUACAAAUUAGCAGCUUUUGAAAAUGGGUUUGUGUAAUUCUAACGUUUGACGUUCUUUUCUAUCAUUUGUCGUUUCCUUCUAACUUCUAACUUAUCGUUUAACGUUUUUUUUUUUUAACUUUUAAAACAUUUUUCUUCUUUUGACGUUUAUUCUAAGGUUAGAAUUCCUUUUAUGUUUACGUUUCUUUUCUAUUUUUUGACGUUUUAUGUAUUUUUUUUUUUUAAUUUUGAAUAUAUAAUUCUAACCUUUAAUGUUUUUUUUGUAAGGUUUAAAAAUGUUUUUUAUUUGAUUAACCUCUAAAGAAAAACCUGAGGUGGCUGUUUAGACAUCAAAAAAACCUUAUCUGACUACGCAACUAAUUUUUAUGAAUUUUUACUUUUAAGAACUAGCUUUCUUUCUCGAGAAUUUCAUUGCCAAAACGGAAUAGAUUUAUAUAAAAAACAAUCUUGUUUUGAAACAGGAAUUUAAUGAAUUUAAUAUUAAAAAUAUAUAUUUUUUAAUCGAACAAAAUACUGGUAUGUAUCUACCUUUGAAAACAAAUUUUAAUUUAAGAUUUAGUAUAAAUUUUGUUUUAGAUAAAUAAUUUUUUAAAUAUUGCUAUGAAUUUAAUAGAGAUUUUCUUUAAUUUUAUUGCAUUAUGCAAACGAAUAGUUUAUUUUAAUCAAAAUAAAAUAAAAUCUUCAUAAAAUAAAUCCAAUAAAUAUAUUCUAAAUGCAGAUAAGAAUCCUUAAAUCUCUUUAAAACGUUAUCAAAUCUCAAUAGAACCUCCGUAAAUUCAAAUAAGAAAAUGUUUGAAAAUCUUGCUAAUUACAACAGUGUGAUUUUUAGAGAUAAAAAAAUCUCAUUAAGUUUUCAAAUUAACCCUAAAAUAAAUUUUAAUAAAAUGUUAUCUUGAAGAUUUGUUUUCCAAUCUAUAUUUAUAAGAAGAAUAAGUGAACCAAACUGUUAUAUAAGGGAUUGUCUAAUAAUUUUGGAAACUAUAGGUUUGAUUCUGUCUGAAAUCUAUUCUUUUUUUGCAAUUUGAGUGUUGUGGAAGAUUUUUGGUAUUCUGAGAUAAAUGUUACAAGAUUUAUUAUUCCCUUCUUUAGGAAUUUUUUAAACAAUUAUUGGAAAAGUAUUUUUUUUAAAGCAUUAUAAAAGAUUUAUAAAGAAAUAUGAGCUGUCAAAAUCUUUCAUCUCUUUAGUUAUUAAAAAAUAUAAGAUUUUUUACAGAAUCGACCUCUGUAAAGAAUUAAAUUAUUAUUUGUUAACAAAUAAAUUCUUUUCCUCCCAACUAACACCUGCGAUAGAUUAGUUUUAGAAAAAUUUAAUAAAAUUUUAAUUGGGCGAUGAAUUUGAUUAAAAAUUGAUUUAAAAUCUACCUGUAAAAUAGGUCAUAAAAAGCCUGCAAUAGUUUCCAAAAAUAAAAUUGGAUCAUCCCUUAAUUCUGAAAGUCUCGUCACAUUUUACCACACUCUGUCUGAAAGUCAGUUAACAAGUGAAGUAAUAAUGUAGAAAUUACGGCAGAAAGGAAUGAAAAUAGCUACGUCCCACGCAAACUUUGCAUUCAACAUAGGGUUAAAUGUUAGUGAACUAGUCAACCACAAACGCAAAAAAGUAUACACGUCAGGAUUAAUAGAGUUGUCGUCUUAUUGAAAUAGUUUGCUUUUAUAGUGGAAUGUUACAGUGAGUGUAUGUAUAUGGUAUGCUCGGGAGUCCUGUUGAGGAGUUAAUAAAAAAUGUAUAAUAAUUUG